AAUCUAACGUAAGGCCGAAGGUCAUCAGCGGGAAUCCUUGCGCCGGAUUGGUUGUGUUGGUAGUCGUGGUAUCACGUGACUGUGAAGGGUUGUGGCGCUGUUUCCCGCUGGAUUAUCCAUAGUAGUGGUGUAGGGUCAUGGCUUCUCCUCUGUCGCCGGAGUGUAUGGACCUAGUAUCGGAGGACUGUACGCUGGACCCCGACACUGAGGGUGUAGACCAGGCCAGGACAAACCUUUCCAGUGAUGAUCUCAAGAUAUCCAUGAAAAAAUCUUUGAAUUUGCCGCGGCCUCGGUUUGAUGUAUCGCUGUUUCACCUAACCCGCAAAUUUAUGGACAUUCUUAAGUCUGCUCCAGAUGGUGUUUUGGAUCUAAAUGAAGUUGCUAAACUGUUGGGGGUGAGGAAAAGAAGAGUAUAUGAUAUCACCAAUGUAUUGGAUGGUAUUCAGCUUAUUCAGAAGAGGUCCAAAAACUUGGUCCAAUGGGUGGGGACAAACGUGAAUCACACAGGAACGGAGAUCCCAGAGCAACAGCGGAUCCGCAAUGACAUCAGCGAUCUCUCGGCUAUGGAGGAAGCGUUGGAUGACCUAAUCAAAGAUUGCGCUCAUCAACUCUUCCAACUAACAGAUGACUGCGCAAAUAAAAGAUUGGCCUAUGUAACUUACCAAGACCUCCACAGAAUUGAAGACUACCAGGAGAAGAUUGUCAUCGCUGUGAAAGCCCCAGAGGAAACCAAGUUGGAGGUUCCAGCUCCCAGGGAGGAUUGCAUAGAGAUUCAUAUAAAGAGCUCGAAGGGGCCAAUUGAUGUUCAUCUUUGUAAAGUAGAGGAUGAAGAUACAGGCGGGAAAUCUUUUCGAAGAUUAACAAAGACUCUUAACAUGGAUCCUGAACCAAUUAUAAUUGAAGAUGGUAAAAGCAGGAAAUCUUUUCGGAGAUUAACAAAGACUCUUAAGGUGGAUCCAGAACCAAUUAUAAUUGAAGAUGAUCAAAGUGGGAAAUCUUUUCUGAGAUUACCAAAGACUCUUAAGGUGGAUCCAGAACCAAUUAUAAUUGAAGAUGAUAAUAGCGGGAAAUCUUUUCUGAGAUUAACAAAGACUCUAAGCGUGGAUCCAGAACCAAUUAUAAUUGAAGAUGGUAAAAGCAGGAGAUCUUUUCGGAGAGUAAAAAAGACUCUUAUAAUGGAUCCAGAACCAAUUGUAAUUGAAGAUGACUGAUAAAUGGAGGCUUCUAUCGACACUGAUGGGAUAAAGCUCGUCUUUAUAAAUGCUUUGGACUCUAAAAGGAGGUGCUGUUUCAAUCGCACAAAACACCAACCCCGUUUUAAUGUUUAUGGAUGUCCAAGGCUCUAGAAAGGAGCUUUAUAUCUUUUGCCUCACAAUAAUGUCCCGUUUUGGGGGAGCUGGAGUGAAGAAACCUGCUCUGAUCAAAUGUGGUACAGCUUUAUUGGCAUUGUCUACAGUAACUUCUAAACUUUUCUCAGACUUUGAUGCUUGUAAAAAGUUUUUUAUAAUCUUGCAGUGAUCACAGAUACAAAUAUCUGACUCAUGUUACGAUCAUCGACAGAUGUAAUUCCAAAGUGUCUACGCUGCCCUCUAAGACCAUUGGAAAUGUAGCAGUGUGUGAACUGGGAAUUAGAUAAAUUAAGCUGCUGAUGUCAUUAUGGCAAACUGAAUCAUAAGCUCUGCUCGUGAUCAUUUUCAUUUUCAGAGGUGGAUAAAUAAAUAUGGAAUAUCAAAAUUUUAUAAAACCUUUCCUCCCAGGUGUCCUCAGAACCUUUUCCAAAACCAACUCUUCAGUCAGGUCUUCAUUCAUGUUCUGUAAUAGUGCCAGGAAUUUAGAGCAAUGAGAUGUUUUGAAGUAAGGGAUAAUAUACAAUAUAUUUAGGUUUUUUGGACUCUAGAAUUUUAUUAUACACUAAAUGAUGUCAGCUAUUUGUACUUUGUAUACUAAUUCUAGUGAAAUAAUUUCAGGGAGUAUAUCGGGUUUUUUUUGUUUUUGUUUUUCCGGUUCUAUUCACAUGUAGCAUUGGUUUAGGAUUUUUUUUAUGUAAUGCUGAGAUCACAGAAGUGUGCAGUGAUGGCACAUACAAUUAUGAUGCUCGUUUAAUGAGCGUUUUGUAGUAAAAAUUUUAAUUGGCUGUGGCAGGUAUAUGUAUAUAAACAUAUUAUAUAUAAUUUUUUUUUUGUUUUGUUUUGUUCACAUCUGUGCUUUUGAGGUAAUCUAAAAUGUUGGUCUGUAGUAGUUCAUUGGGGAUGUGGAUUUAGAGUGCCAUUUAAAAUCUCACAAAUAUGAGAACUUGGUUUAAUGUGUUUUCAGUGAGAAAAUGUUAUGUUCUAGUUUUGUGUUUUAUUUAAAAAAAAAAAUUGGGCGUUUUACAAUUGUGCGUGCUCUUCGAUAUUUCCCUUACUGUGGUUACAUAUGGGGAGUUAUAUAUUCUUUCUCAUUGUUCUCUGUCUUUCAUUCCCCCACGCUGAUCACGGAUGGUGAGAUAGUGUCUUGGCAAAAUAGAAAGUGUGGAAAGACCUGGUCCAUAGUCUUCGUUACAGCCGUUGUGCAGAACAAAUCAUGAGCAAAUGUGGCUGCAGAGUGUACAUAAAAUAAUGAGCAAAUUGCAUUUAUUACAGUAUAAAGGUAAUGAUGUAGGGUUUGGAAGAGGACCAGACCUUCCACACCCAGAAGUGUGUUGCAUGCUGAAAAUUCUGCAACAAUAUUCUUUUCAAGAUGACAAGUUUUUGCUGCCACAAGGGAGACCGCUUCAAGGAUCAUGGCUUUCAGACCUUGGCUGGUAUAUUCAGCCAGAAACCACCGAAAUGUUCUUAUUUUUCUUAUUUUGCCUUGUUUGAUUGUAAGAUUUAUUGUAAAGAUGUACAGGCAUGCACAGAUAAUGACACCAAAGAAGAAACCAUGAUGAUGUGUUCCACAAAAAGUGUUUACAGUACAAUUACAGCCCAAACCUAACUAGUAAUAAAAAUAAUUAUUUUAUCUUCCUAAUGCCCAUGCAGACUAACCUGUGUAAAAAAUAAAAAUAAAUUGC